GGUCUCAGUCGAUACUCGGAAGAGAUUAAUGUUCCUGUUAAUCGAAUGUCUUUAAAGUGAAUUAAUUUUAACUCUAAAGUGAACACAAAUUAACAACAAUCAAAGACAAAUAGAAUAGAAUAUUAAAAUAGACUGUUCAUCUGAUUACCGCAAGGAUUUUCUCGUUAAUUCUAGUUGAUUUUACCGAAUCAUCACCAACACCACCAGAAGAAUCGCUUCAGUUGAUUGGAUACAUUUUCUUUCGUGAAUUUGGGAUAAUCUUGGUUUUCUUUUAAUCUCCUUGUUUACUAAUUGAUCUCAUGUAAAAUGCCUACAAUUUGUUCACCAUUCGUUUACUGGGGUCAAACCGAAACAAGUAUUUCGAUGAGAGUUGAUCUGAUUUCGGUUAAACAUCCGAAAUUAGAUUUAUCGCCCGACAAGUUAUCCUUUUAUGCCUACGGUUAUGGAGCCAGGGGAUUCAAUGAUUAUUCAUUGUCAUUUGAUUUCUUUGCUGAUGUAAUUCCUCAGAAAAGUCAUUAUCGGAUUAUCGAUCGUGGUGUUGAAUUUUUCAUUACUAAAAAGGAGCCGGAAAUGUGGCCCAGAUUAUGUUCGACAACAAUUAAGCCUCACUGGUUGAAAAUUGAUUUCGAUAAAUUGAAAACCGAAGACACAGAUGACGAAUUGAUGGAAGAUGAUCUGAGGAAAAGUCAAAAUUAUUUUCGAAAUCUUCCCGAUAAAGAUUUUGGUCGACGAAGAAAAUCUCAACUCAAUCCAGAGGAAUUUAGAAAAGUUUAUCUAUUCCUAUUUAAUAUGUUCCAAUUUGUUGGAUUCAUUUAUGUUCUGGUUGUCUUAACAAUUCGAUACGCCAAAGAAGGUCCUGAAUCAAUGGCUGGAUCGUACAAAGCGCUUGGUCGAGUGAUGAAAUUUCUGCACCUCAUGCAAAUUCUUGAGGUGUUACAUCCACUUCUUGGUUACACUCGAGGUGAAUUCAAGAUUCCAACUCUUCAGAUCGGCUUCAGGCUGUUCAUGAUCUUCAUCAUGAUCGAUUCUGAGCCUCGUCUCCAAACUAAACCAGUGGUAUUUUAUUUAUUUCUCAUCUAUUCAAUGAUGGAAGUCAUCAAGUAUCCUUAUUACAUGUUGAGAGUAUUCCGAGUUAAUAUUACCUUUCUUACUUGGUUACGAUACACAAUUUGGAUUCCUCUUUAUCCUUUAACUUUCAUUUGUGAAGGAGUAAUUCUACUUCGCAAUAUACCUUAUUUCGAUGAGACUGGAAGAUAUUCCAUCUUCUUACCUAAUCAACUUAAUUUUUCAUUUCAUUUGCCGACUUUCAUCCGAAUUUAUCUUCUUACAGGAUUUUUCCCAUUUAUGUGGCUUGCAAUGAAUCGAUUAUAUUACCAAAGAGUCCGUAUGAUUGGACCAAAAAAGUGGAAAAAGGAGUUCGCCAAAGCUGAUUAACCAUAUACAAAGAACAACAAUUGAUUGUGUAAAUAUUUCAUCUCAACUUGGUAAGAUAAAUUGCUGGAAAUGAUCAACCAAAAUAAAUGGUGACCUUCAAAAACCUUCUUUUGUUGUUGUCAAAUUGCGUCAUGAAAAUCACUCAUUUCUAAUGUUGACAAAGAGAUCUCAUUUUACUGCCAAUACUUAAUAACAAUUAAUAAACACUGAUAAUCGUCGCAAUUACGCUUCAUGGAACACACAAAGUAAAAUGGUCCCAAUCAAAGAUUUUCGAUGAUAAGCAAACACAAUAUUACAGUUUAUUUGUCAAUAAGAUAACGAAUUUUUGGUUUUGUCAUCUUUCGACAAUUGAAACAAUCCUUUUUCUUUCAAAAUUAAACAAAAUUUUCAUUGGCAUCAGAA